GCUGGCUGCUUCGCAGUGACAAGUGAACUUAACUUCCUCUAAGUGCCUCUAGAAGUACAGGGUAGGAUAAUGGAGAAUUACCGACAACCUCUUCUUGUGCUGUGGUUGACUGCAGUGGUAGCGAUGAAUAUACAUGGAAGUAAUGCUGAGGCUGUGGGAGACGACAUCUUGCAGGUGAAGAACUUCACCAGCAAGCUCCAAGUCAUUCCUCAUAAUGACAACAGCUCCAAUGUUACUAAACUGGUGAUUGAGGAGAGCCUGAUCACUCUGAGUGACGAUGACAGACUGGCCCUGGCUAGUUAUCCCACACUGGUAGAGCUCCACCUGGAUGAUAACCAGGUGACCAGUAUACCAGCCAAAUACUUCUCUGUGGUACCAAACCUCAGAGUGCUGUCGCUGACCAGGAACAAAAUCAGCAGCCUGGACCCAGAGUCUUUCUCUGACCUAGAUGUCCUCACCGAGCUGGACCUGUCCCACAACCUGCUGGCCAGUGUCCCUUCACAGCUAUUCAGACAGCUGAAAAAUCUACAGGUGCUGAACCUACAGGACAACCCCUGGAAUUGUUCCUGUCUGCUGCUGAGCAGUAUGGAGGAGAUCAAAGCAGCCGGAGUUACCACAGGGGGGCAACAAGUCACCUGUGCUUCUCCAGAGAAGCAGGCUGGGACGGAUCUUUUGCAGGCUACAGCCAUGUGUUACCCAUCAUCACCCCCAGCUAUCGACACUACAGACCCACAAACAACCACAAAACCAGUCACCCCUCAGCAGUCUUGGGGCUCAUCUACUGUGCUGAAGACCAUUCUGACAUCAAGCCAGAACCGCAACAUCAACAUAGACCCGACACCUGUGCUCGGCAACACAUGGAAGUUCACGGCAUGUGUUAUGGCCUUGGCACUAUGCACCUCCAUGCUCAUUGCAUGUGGCAUGAAGGGCCCCUCCUGGUACAAGCUCUUCCACAACUACCGUCAUCGGCGACUGCGCCAAGAAGAGGACGAGGAGGACACCGUGUCGACAGUCUUCUCAGAGACAGGGAGACACAUGACCCAUCAGACAUUCACCUUUGAGCAAGAGGAUGGGCAGAUAGAGGAGGGAGAGGAAGAUGAGUAUUUUGAGGAUCCAUACAUCAGAAGGGAAGGAGACUUAGGAGAACCAUGACAGAGCAAACAGCAGCUGGUGAGCAAGUGACAAGGUGAGGAGGGGCAACGAGGCAAUCGUCACAAGAGGAAAAUUUGUCACUUGUGUACUUUAAACAGGUGCUAAAUGUAGGACUGCUGUGUGGCACCUAAUGAACAUUGCCUUGAGAUGGCAUAUGUAUAGUACACAUCACCUUAGGUGGAUACCCUGAGGAUGAAUAAAAUCAUUUCACUACUGAUGUUCUAAGCACUGCCAUUCCAGGGGUCACCAAACUAUUGUAACGUUUGAGCUCUUGUUCAGCUAAACCUGGCUCACAUUACAGGAAUUUUGGGCUUACUGAUCCUCGAUCUACCCCACCUGACAACUGGAGGAGAAAUCCGGUCUGGGACCUUAAACGGUACCAAUGUUGAGCCCAGAUUACCUGUUAAUGUGAGAGGUUUACAGAUCCAGUCUUAAACCACCCGAUUAUUUCAAACAUGUUUGAUAUUUGGCACAAAGCAGCUCACGGUGUUGCCAAGCAACAUUUUAAGCCCAGUUCAGACCGAAGAUUCGCGAUGAGAGAAAACUGAGUUAGAACGCUGCAGAGAAAAGUUGCCAUGGUGUGAAAUGGUCGGUCUAAACUUGACUCAAGCUGGACACUCAGCUGGUCAAAUCGCCGGUGGCUGGUUUUAGAACGUAAAGCAUGUCACCUGUUUCGACAGCUAAUCAGCUUGUAGUAAAGUCCGCUGGUCAAGUCAAAUUGACCGCAGAUCGCGUGUUUGCUUGCUGCGACAGGUGCUCCAUCCCCGCUGAGCCCUCUGUUUCCGUCCUCACAGUGUGCCGGUGUCAGACGGUGGGUCGCUGCUGCUGCGUGCUGUAUGUGCUAAUGCCCCCCCCUCACACAUACACAUUUUCACUGACUGAUUAAUUGGUGCUGGUUAUUUAUACUAUGUGGCGUAUUCAUUAUGAAUACAGUAGCCAGUAUCUCACUAUCACUAUCCUCAUUUAUAUUUCAAGAAGCUACAAAUUAUAUUCAGCCACAAAAUAAGCUCUGAAAAGCUGGAAACAGAAGUACAGAGAGUUGUUGACUAGAGAUGAUACACCGUCUCAUCUAGUUGCACUGGUCUGAACCAGCAGGUUUUAGAAUGUUACAGAACGGCGCACUGCAAGUAGCUGUUUGUUUCAACUCAUCUCAUCAUGAAUCUGUGGUCUGAACUGAGCUUUAGAGCUUAUGCUACUGUUGACUGAUUUUAAAAGUGAUAGUUUGAAUCUAACUUUGCUAAAGAAUAAACAACCUGCAUUAACAGUGUCUCCCCAACUGUUUUCUCUUCCAGAUCUGUUUAGCCUUCUGCUUUUGUUUUUCUUCAUGCAAAGCAAUAUUACAGCAAGUUCUCGCUGGCGGUGCGUUCAUGCUCCCUUGUAUGGUGUGUCUGUUGUUCAAAUGUGAAAUACAGCUAACAUUCCAGAAAGACAUGAGCUUGACAUGAAAAUGAUCAGUUUCCUAAAUCAAUCAUUGAUGACACCAAUGCAAACCU